AUGUUUGACCCAAACCGAAACAACGGGGCUGUGUGGCUGUGGAGCGGAGGGCUGACUGAAGGCUCCACCACGGCCCUGAACUCCCGGCGAGUCCCCGGCUCCGGCCCGUUCCCGCGGGCUCUCAGGAAGAAGUUGGCCGGGAAGGGAUGGCCUGUCCGCCCCUCCGGAGCCAAGAGCCAGGGCGCUGCUGUGUAUGAGGGAGGCCACGUCAGGUUACAGCCUGUCGCCCUGGGAAGAGGCUCUGCCAUGGCCGCCUCUGGGCUGUCACUGAGAAAGAGCGAGGAAAUAGCAGAUCUAAUCUAUUUGUUCUCCAAGACUCAGUACAGGGCAAAGGAAGUAACUCCACAGGUGGAGGAAAUUGAGAGACGAACCCUGGACUUAUUUUCAAAGGACUACAAGUACAGUAUCAUCCACAACUAUAAUGGAGAGGUGUGCGGACACUACCCGCGUCAAAUCGUGUUCCUGGAGCAGGAGCUGGCGUGUGAGAGAAGCAGAAGGGAAGCUGCUGUGCAAAUCGGUAAGCUUGAGGACCUGGUGAACCGGAGUAAGCUUGCCCGGUGUAGGGGAAGAUUUGUUUGUCCUGUCAUCCUCUACAAAGGAAAGCAUAUUUGCAGGUCAUCUACUCUAGCAGGCUGGGGGGAGCUCUAUGGUCGAACUGGCUACAACUAUAUAUUUUCAGGAGGCACUGAGGACACCGUGACAGAGGCAGAGGAGGUUCUAGAGGACGAUGGCGGAGUGAGGAAUGGGGACUCUCAGCUGUUCGAUAAGGUCCGUGGACACGACAUUAAGCUGCUGCGUUAUCUUUCGGUGCGAUACAUCUGCGACUUGAUGGUGGAGAACAAGAAAGUCAAAUUUGGUUUGAAUGUAACGUCUUCUGAAAAAGUGGAUAAAGCUCAGCGCUAUGCAGAUUUCACUCUGCUGUCAGUGCCUUAUCCAGGGUGCGAGUUCUUUAAGGAGUACAAAGACAGAGACUACACAGCAGAGGGUUUAGUUUUUAACUGGAAUCAGGAUUAUGUGGAUGCUCCGUUGACAAUCCCCACCUGCUUCACCCAGAACCUCAGCAUGGACUGGAGCCUGUACCAGUCUUGGGACUUGGUCGAACAGACUCAGAACUACCUAAAGCUGCUUCUUCAUAUCAUCAACAGUGAUGAUGAGAGCGGGCUGCUGGUGCACUGCAUAUCCGGGUGGGACAGGACGCCUCUGUUUAUCUCACUUCUCAGAGUUUCUCUGUGGGCUGACGGGAUUGUGCACGCUAACCUGGAGCCAGCAGAGAUUCUGUACUUGACCAUCGCAUAUGAUUGGUUUCUGUUUGGUCACAUGCUGCCUGAUAGACUCUCCAAAGGAGAAGAGAUAUUUUUUUUCUGCUUCAAUUUUUUGAAGCACAUUGUCUCAGAAAGGUUCUCUGCUGUAAAGAGACAGAGAAGGAAGAACUCACAGUUCAAAGACAAUGACUUCACGGUGGACGACCUUUGUCAAUUAAAGUCGCGAGACCGUGGCAGUGUGACCAGCCUGAGCAGUGAGUUCUCCCUCAUCACGGAGGAGCUCGGAGGUCCGUCCAGCGUCAACAGUGACACCACAGACCUCUUCAUGAACCAACCCACUACUGCCACCUGGUACGUGGAUUCCUCUACAGUUCAAAUACCAUCAGUGGACUCGUCCCACAGUUUGAGAAACACUUGUCAAUGGAGGAAAGGCCCGUCGCCCUCUGUGCCUGCGCCUAUGUGGACCAGACUGGAGGAGAACGCACCUCAUCCUCUGAGUGAAGGCAGGUCCUCCAGCUCCUCCUCCUCCAACCAGUCCGACCACGGGCCCACGCAUACCGGCAGCAGUCCGCUCGCUGUUCCUGGAAGAAGGUUGAUUCUGGACAAUGCUCGCUCUGCAUCAUCAGUGUCUACAGAGUACGGGAGCUGGCAGAUCGUGUCCGGCUGCGGCAGCAUUCACGAUCACGCGCACUUUCCUGUUCCCAUGCCCUCCUCCGGAUCCUCUCUGGUUCCUCCUACUUACGACUCUCCUCUGCCCUUCAGUUUUCAGGAAGACGGACCCAGUGGGCGCAUGUGUCCUUUGCCUUCUGAGCGACAGACCCGGCUUGAAUCUGUGCGAGAGAUCUUCUUGGCGGCGUACAGCUCCACAGUUGGUCUCAAGUCUUCCACUCCUAGUCCUUCAGCUGCCAUCUCAGGCCUGCUGGAGCAGUUUGCUCGUGGAGUUGGCCUCCGCGGACAUAAUGCUAUUGUCUGA